CCAGUCUCUUCGUGAAAGCACUCGCAUGCCAAGUUUCUGCAGGCUCAUCCUCAAUGUGGGGAACUUCCUCAACUAUGGAAGCCACACAGGAAACGCAGAGGGAUUCAAGAUCAGCUCUCUCCUGAAGCUAACCGAAACCAAAGCUAACAAGAGUCGCAUCACACUUCUUCAUCAUAUCCUUGAGGAAGCAGAGCUUAACCACCCAGACCUUUUGGCCUUGCCAGAUGAUAUUGAGAUCUGUGAGAAAGCAGCUGGGGUCAACAUGGACUCGACCCAGGCAGAAACCAGUGCCUUGGUGAAGCGACUGAAGGAAACGUCCAAGAAAGUGUCAGACUCCAUCGACGACGUGAAGCAGCAGUACACCAAAAUAAUAGAGGAGAGCCUGGAGGCGUGCCAAACUCUAGAGGAACAGUUCUAUGAGAUUGACAAGAGGAAGUGUGAGCUGGCCCUGUACUUGUGUGAGGACAGCAGCCAGCUCUCUCUGGAGGACCUGUUUGGAACCAUCAAGACAUUCCGCGGCCUAUUUAUCAGGGCCAUGAAGGAAAACAAAAGCAGAAAGGAGCUGGUGGCCAAGGCCGAGAAACGCAAAAAGCAGCUGGCAGAGGAGGAAUCCAAGAGGCAGAAGGGGCAGAAUGGAAAAAUAAUAAAGAGAGGCCUACCCCCACCGGAUGAUGGCUGCAUUAUUGACCACCUGCUGGCGGACAUCAGACAAGGGUUUAGCCUCAGGAAGACCUCGCCCAGGUGCGAUUUGGAAAACCUUCCCUCUAGUGAAAUGCGUAGGGAGUCCCGCCCACCUGGUAAGGACAAGAGGCCGAUGUCUCCAUCCAUCCGCAGGGCUGGUACUGUCUGCUCUCCCAACCCCCUCCCACCACAAUGUAGCUGGUCAAAUGUACAACCUGCAGAAGAAGGCAAAGCAUCGGCGGCAGAAAGGGCCAUCACUCUCGCUUCCAGCCCCCACCAGUCAAGGGAGGGAAAAACCUCCGCAGACGGAGCGAACAGCUCCACAAACCGGCCUCAAGGCAAACCAGCAUCGAGACUGAGUUCUCCCCAAGGGCUGGCUUCCAGCACUUCUCCGAAUGGAGCCUCCCUGGUAACCAACCCAGCCCUACUGGUGCUGCCGGUCUCCUCGCAGAAGGGGGAGCCUGGGUUGUCCCCAAGCGGCAGCCCUCGUCUCGGGACUACAGCACCUGAGCCCCAGCAUCGCACCUCCCAGAACGGCUGCACGACCAACGAUCCUGACAUCAUCCCCCCCGAGACCACACCAGCUGCCGGCCCCUCUAGCUUUACUGUCUCGGCCCAGGUGGAGGCCAGGACGGAGACGGGGGCACAAGAGGAAAGCACAAUAGAAGACCAAAGUCAAAAGGAAAAAAGUAAUUGCAAACAUUCCACCUCGGAAAGCCAGGCGGAGCCAGUCUCCGAGAGUAUCCAGGGAUACGAUGUUCCUGAUGGACCGAGGACUGAAGAUCUGUCGUCGUUCUCUGGGGCCCUGCCAGAUCCCGCUGGAGUCCCCAUCCAAACCGACUCAAAGAAAAAGCAGAAGCUCUUUAAGCGAAACAAAAAGAAGAGCCAUGAAGGGAACAAAGGAAACGGACAUGCAAAACAUAAAAAUGGCUGUGUAUUGCAGUAAGGUGAGCUCCGGAAAAGGAGAGGAAAGAGGAGGUGUUGAACCUAGGCUUGUGUACAAUAUUUUUGUAACGAUAUAUUUUGCAGUGUCCUGGAUGAUGAGACCUACACCUGGUUGGAUGGAUAUGCUCCUUGAGUGACGAAAAAAUAAAAUAAAAUAUAAUGGAAGGCUGCGCUGUUAAGCCUAAAACUAAUGUAUUUCAAUCAAGAAGCCAAAAGCGUUUGUGUAUGGAAAUAAAUAAACAUUUAACUUAUUAAAACGCUUAUGCUUUUUAAAGCAUUGUACGAUAGAAAGGCCAUAUCAGCCUUCGUUGUUCUUUUUGUAUCUUUUUCAGACGAAAAAAUCCUUAACUCUGGAAAUACGAGCGUCUUGUGCAAUUUCAUAAUAAAAUAUAUGGGCUCCGUCAAA